AUGGGAGACUACUUGACACCCUCGGAGUUGCCUCAUCCUAAAUUGAAGAGAACCAACACCGGUUUCACACCCAACCAGAUCAUUGCCUAUGACGCUCAGAUUCCUGAGUCUGCUAAGAGCAUUUGGAGCAAGUACUCCAAGUUGAAGAAGUUGGAGAACUUGUCGGAGCCGGGUCUGGCCACUAUUGAUAAAGAUGAUUUCGAGAAGAACUUUGUCAACCAUGUGGAAUUCUCUUUGGCUAGAAACAUGUACAAUUGCGACAACUUGGCUGCCUACCAGGCUGCUUCGGACUCUAUUAGAGACGCCCUUUUGCUUGACUGGGCCAACACUCAGCAGAAACAGACCAUCCACGACGGAAAGCGUGUUUACUACUUGUCGUUGGAGUUUUUGAUGGGUAGAGCCAUGGAUAACGCAUUGAUCAACUUGGACUCGCGUGAUGCUGCCAAGCUGGCCUUGACCGACUUGGGUUUCAACUUGGAGGACGUGUUGGAGCAGGAACCUGACGCAGGUUUAGGUAAUGGAGGUUUGGGUAGAUUGGCUGCGUGCUUUGUCGACUCCUUAUCUUCUAAGAACUACUCCGGUUGGGGUUACGGUUUGAACUACCAGUACGGUAUCUUCAAGCAGCUUAUUAUUGAUGGUUACCAGGUUGAAACUCCAGACUACUGGUUGAAGUUCUCCAAUCCUUGGGAGAUUGACCGUCACGAGAUCCAGAUCCCUGUUGAUUUCUACGGUUGGGUCGAAGUUGAAGUGGACCCAAACACCGGUGUAGGCAAGAAGGUCUGGAAGGGUGGUGAGAGAGUUUUGGCUGUCGCUUCUGACUUCCCAAUUCCUGGUUUCAACACCUCUAACACAAACAACUUGAGAUUUUGGAACGCCAAGCCAACCAACGAGUUUGACUUCAACAAGUUCAAUUCUGGUGAUUACAACUCGUCUGUGGCUGCUCAGCAGCGUGCCGAGUCCAUCACUGCUGUGUUGUACCCUAAUGACAACUUCUACAGCGGUAAGGAAUUGCGUUUGAAACAGCAAUACUUCUGGGUGGCUGCCUCCUUGCACGAUAUUGUUCGUAGAUACAAGAAGAACCACCGUGAUGAUUGGUCCAAGUUCACUGACAAGGUUGCUAUCCAAUUGAACGACACCCACCCAACUUUGGCUGUGGUUGAGUUACAAAGAAUUUUGGUUGACUUGGAGGGCCUUGCUUGGGACGAUGCUUGGGAUAUCGUCACCAACACCUUCGCCUACACCAACCACACUGUCAUGAGUGAAGCUUUGGAGAAGUGGCCUGUGCAGUUGAUGGAGAACUUGUUGCCAAGACACUUGGAAAUCAUCUACGACAUUAACUACUACUUCUUGAAGAAGGUGGAGCGUUUGUUCCCUGACGACAGAGAGUUGUUGGGCAAGGUGUCUAUCAUCGAGGAGAAUGGUGUCAAGUCUGUUAGAAUGGCUUACUUGGCUAUUGUGGGUUCUCACAAGGUCAAUGGUGUUGCUGAGUUGCAUUCUGAGUUGAUCAAAACCACCAUCUUCAAGGACUUUGUUAAAGUGUUUGGCCCUGAUAAGUUUACCAACGUCACCAAUGGUGUCACUCCAAGAAGAUGGUUGAAGCAGGCUAACCCGGAGUUGGCUGCUUUGAUCGCUGAGGCCUUGAAUGAUCCAGAGUAUGAGUACUUGACCAACUUGGGCCGUUUGAAGGAGUUGGAGAAGUUUGUUGACGACGACAAGUUUUUGACUCGUUGGGACAACAUCAAAUUCAACAACAAGAGAAGAUUGGCUGCCUUGAUCAAGUCUGAGACUGACAUCGACGUUGACCCUAAUGUGAUGUUCGACGUGCAAGUCAAGCGUAUUCACGAGUACAAGAGACAACAGUUGAACAUCUUUGCUGUCAUCUACAGAUACUUGCGUAUCAAGGAGUUGCAGGCUGAGGGUGUUUCCAUUGAAGACAUCAAGUUGAAGCACUACAUCUCAAAGGCUUCUAUCUUUGGUGGUAAGGCUGCCCCAGGAUACUACAUGGCUAAGACCAUUAUCCACUUGAUCAACUCUGUUGGUAGUGUUGUUAACAACGAUACUGAAAUCGACAACUUGUUGAAGGUGGUGUUCGUUCCAGACUAUAAUGUGUCCAAGGCUGAAAUUAUCUGUCCAGGUUCCGAUUUAUCUAACCAUAUCUCCACCGCUGGUACUGAGGCUUCUGGUACUUCCAACAUGAAGUUUGCAUUGAACGGUGGUUUGAUUAUCGGUACUGUGGAUGGUGCUAAUGUAGAGAUUACUAGAGAAAUCGGUGAGGAGAAUAUUUUCUUGUUCGGUAACUUGGCUGAGUCAGUUGAGGAGCUCAGACACAACCACCUCUACUCUGGUGUUACUGUUCCAGAGAAGUUGCAGAAGGUGUUUGAUGCCAUCCUUUCGGGCCAAUUCGGUGACCCUAAUGAGUACAAGCCAUUGAUCGAGAGUAUCACCAACCACGGUGACUACUACCUUGUCACUGAUGACUUCGACUUGUUCUUGGAGUGCCAAGACAGAUUGGAGAAGGUGUUUGGACACCAUGGUGGAGAUGCUUCUGACCUGGACCACUUGCACAAGUGGGUCAAGAAGUCCUUGUUGUCUGUUGCCAACAUGGGAUUCUUCAGUUCGGACAGAUGUAUCGACGAGUAUGCCGAGAACAUCUGGAAUGUGGAGCCACUCAACCAGUGA